CAUUUGCCCCUCUCUCUCUCUCUCUCUCUAUACCACCUCCUGACACUCUUGUGAUCCUUUUCGCUGGUAACCAUCAACUUGCCUGUGAUUUGCUUCAAUUCUGCCUCCCAUUUCUUCUCUAGCGCAGCUCGUAUAUCUAUACACAUAGAAAGCCAUACAAAAGGCCUGCAAUAUCUCAAAAGCUUCUUCACCCCUUCUCAAAACCCUAUCAUCACAAACCUCUCAAUCCUUGAGUUAAAAACAGAGAUGAAAGGCUACUGCACAUUUUGCUUCUUACUACUACUUCUUUCCCUUUCACUUCUUCCUCUACACCUCGUGUCCGGAAGGCACAUCACGAAGACGACCAGACCACAUCACGGCGGGCACCAUGGUAAUAAGAAAGUGGAAGAAGCAGCAACGAGUUACUACUACAGAACGGAGAUGAGGAGGAGAGGUGCAGCAGGGAGAGGAAGGGGCGGACCGGAGACGGUGGAGAUAGCAGGGUCGAGGCUGCCCGACUGCUCGCACGCGUGUGGGUCGUGCUACCCGUGCCGGCUGGUGAUGGUGAGCUUUGUGUGCGCUUCCUUGGAGGAAGCAGAGACAUGCCCCAUGGCUUAUAAAUGCAUGUGCCGCAACAAGUCCUACCCUGUCCCAUAAACAAACACUACAACAACAACAACCUUAACUCUCUGCUCUGGUCUACUCUGGUCUGGUCUCAUCGCAUUUUCUCACGCGAGACCCGGGAGAGAGAGAUUACAUUACAUUACUUUCGAUGGAUCUGCUCCAUGUUAAUUUUGUUGUUUCUUUUCUUUCGAAUCUUGUACACUAUAGUUAGAAUAUCUGUAGGCCAUGUGUUUUUUUUCUUCUGUUGUUUUCUUGGUUCCUUCUAUUUUUCAAUUUUGUUCUAGCCUUGAAUUAAUUUGUACUCUAAAACUCCUCCACCACGCC